AUGGCAAAGCGCAGUAAGCGUAUUUCGAGUUUGCGCAACUUGAGAUACAAUGAGCUGGUCGAUAGCGGCAAUGCCGACUCAGAUUCCGACACAACCAAGCUUGCCAGCACCGAUUAUGCCAGUUCCGUGAAUAAGGAGUCUCCGAAGGCGCUGAGCUCCAGCACUUCCAACAACUUCGACGACAAGGAUAUUCUCUCUCUAGAGCUCGACGAUAAGAACGACAAUAUAAUUUCGAAGAUGUCGAAAUACUCGUGUUUUCUAAAAGCGAAUUACCAAAGUAACAUGUGUAUUCCCAUGGUUCAGAACAUAGUCGCCUCUGUACACCUGGGUCAGGAGUUAGACCUCAGGGAAAUAGCGAUUUCCACGAGGAACGCAGAGUAUAACCCUAAGAAGUUCAACGCCCUCGUGCUCAGAAUGCAGAAUCCGAAGUGCACAGGCCUAAUAUUUAGGACCGGAAGAAUAAUAAUCACAGGCUCGAAGACCAUCGAGGACACGAAGUUAGGCGCCAAGAGAAUGGCGAAAAUGAUAAGGAAGGAGCUGGGCGCCGAUCUGAAAUUCAACAACUUUAAAAUAGAGAACAUCAUAGCCACCUUCAACUGCAACGUGCCUAUACGACUGGAGGUGUUUUCGCAGGAGCACAAGGAGCUCUCCAACUACGAACCUGAGUUUUUCGCAGGUCUGGUAUACAGAUGUAGGAUCUCAGAAUCCUCAGAAGCAGUACUGCUAAUCUUCGUAUCAGGAAACGUAAUAAUCACCGGGUGCAAAUCAGCACACGAAAUCCAGUACGUGUUUAAAACAAUGUAUCCAAUACUACAACAGUACCAAAAAUGA